AUGCCCAUGGGCGGUGGCAAGGGCAAGGGGCCACCACCGGGGCCGGGAAACUUCGGACCAGGGCCUGCAGGCGUCAUGCCGCCUCCACCGGUGCCUGCCAAUCGAAAGACGCAGCUUUGUGUCUACUUCAAGGAAGGUCGCUGCACGCGUGGAACUGCUUGCAAUUACGCUCACGGCGAGCAUGAGCUGGUGGAGAGGGGCGUGCCCAGCAGACCGCCGCCGCCUCCACGAGAAGUGCGGCAUCCAGUUGGGACCAGAUUCGACGUGAGAUCUGGCCCACAGGUCCAUCGGCCGCCUCGAGACAUGCGACCAUCUUCUAGGUCGAGGUCGCAGAGACGGAUCAGAAAAGUCGUCUUUGCCAAGUCCGAAGCAGUGGGUGCUGUUGAGCGGCCAGACUGCUCACUCCGUUCAGCAACUGAGCAGGAACCUGCCGCCGAUUUGCCCGAGCAGAAUCUGGCGAACGGGUCUGCGCCAAAGGUUGCCGAGGAAGGUGAGGCGCAGGAGAGCACUGCGCCCGAGAACGGGGAAAAACCCAAGGAAGCAGAGGGUAUAGAUGUGGACGUUGACGCAGAAGCAGAGGCUGCAGAAAAGGAGCCACCGAAGGGUGCUCCUGCCGCGGCGCCUGCUCCUGUUGUAGCAUCUUUCCUUCUUAGCGAGGAUGGUGCUGGGGAGCUCAGCCAGAUGUAUGGGCUUGGAGCGCAGCUGCUCCGGAGCAUGGGCUGGCGACCAGGAAGCGGUGUGGGAGCCAAUCUGGACGGAGAGCUUGAACCAGUCUCCAUCCACAUCCUGGGCUUGCCUUCCACUCACCUGGGGCGGAAGGAUCGGCGCUGUUUGGGCCGAAAGAAGCCUAGGCGCCUCCGGGACUCUGACGAGUCGAGUCCAUCCAGGACGCCGUCAACAUCGUCCAGUAGAUCUACAAGCAAGUCAUCGCAAAAGAGCUCGAGAAGUAGCAGCCCCUCGAGCCGGAAGAAGCGAAGAAGGAGACGGAAAAAGCGAAAGAAGUCUCGCAGCAGCUCUAGCCGAAGGUCGUCUGCCUCCAGCAGCAGUUCUUCCAGCAAGAGCCAUAGGAAAAAGAAAAAAGGCAAGUUCACAAACGAAGCGCCUACUGACAACUCCGGUGGCGCAGCUGCUGGCGCUGCAGCUGCAGCUACAGCCACGCCUCAGCAGGCGCAGGCAGUAGAAGAUCCAGAGACGGCACAAGCCAAGAAGAGAGUACUGGCGAAACUGACCGAGCUUCAAAAAGUUGAGCCAAAGGAGCAGAGAGCCAAGGAGUUCCGACUUCUCUUACGCGAUUGGCAUCCGGAUAAAAAUCCUGAGAAGAAGGACAUGGCCACAGCAGUGUUCCAGUUCCUCCAGAAGGGUAAGAGCUUGCUCAACCUGAAAUGA